UUCCAGAUGUAUGAAACUUUUCUUUAAAAGAAAGCCUUUUAUUGGCCAUGUACUAUAUAAGUUAUUGUAACAUGAAAUGUAAAUAAAUUUAUUAUUAUUAUUAUGCACUUACAAGUUUUUUAAUAAUUGAUUGAUUUAAAAAUUAUAAAUAUAUGAAAUAAUAUCAUUAAAUUUGACAAAAAAAAAACAGUAAAUUUCGUGAUAUCUAAAUUCUGUUCUUAUCAAUAUAUUAAAUUUUUAGAGAAUUUCCCAAUUUUCGGUUAUAUUAGGAAGAGCGCACUAAUGGCAUCAUCACGUCGCUGGUAAAAUAGGCUUGAUGAAGCACACUUUCACCCACACCGAGUUGCUUAAAAUUCGUAGUGCCGUGCAAGAGUUGAAGCUGCUGAGUUAAGAAAAAAACAUGAAAUCAAUUAAUCAAAUAUCGAGUAAAAAUUAAGCUGGUACUUUGUGUUCGCGCCCCGUAGUGGCGAUGGGCUUAUCUCGAAAAUGGGGGACACUACGAACGCGUGUCAGGGGUCAGCGACAAACAGGAAUUGAUUCAGCAUUUCUGUCGAGGCGCCCAAAUGAUCUGAAUAAGCGAUGGAGCCGCGACCGAGCGUCAUCUUGGUCAGAUUUCUGAUUGUGCACUAUCUGGUUUGUUAUCGACGAUCGUCCGCCGCAGAAACGCCGGAUCAGAAUUUCAUUCAGAAGGAUUACGUUAACAGAACGCUCAGCGGAAAAUCUAGAACGCUCUAUGACUACCAAACGAGGGUAGCCGCGUACAAAGACCUCGACGAGUCCAAGUGCCUGUUGGAAAUCCUAAACGGUCAAGAUAGCGUCAUAGCGCGCAGAAUCGCAACCGGAAACCCCACAGAUGUGCCCAAAGCGCUCGCUACGUCCAAUAAGCUAUCCAAGAGACAAAUAUGGCGGUUGGCCGGUCAAAGGAUCACAGAAUUCUGCAGAGGCUUUCCGACUUACCUCAUCGACUCUAACCGAAAUGACGGCGAUGACCUCAAAGUCAUGCUAAACGACUUGCCGCUCGUCGACCAGGAAAGUGCUAGAAAAAAGAGGGAGACCAGGAACUCCUUCUCUGGCCGGGUUAGAGGUCAAACUCAGUCGCAGUACUUGAACUUCGGCAACUCGAAUGAACCAGGUACGGCGGAAGCUGAAAGCACCUCUAACGGAACCAAAGCGGUUGUCACUGGUACAAGCGGUAUGGGGCAAGCCCAAAGUCAAAGCUCUCCGGUAGACUGCGGCGAAUGCGGUGUCGGAUUUCAAGAUCAAAUACUUCAAUACGGCAGAGGUGUACCGCCGGAAAGGCUCUCCAGUCCGGGUUCGAUAAUUUACCCACCAGGAGUGUCAGGAAGUAGACCUGGCGAAGGAAGACCUGGGUAUCCUGGUAGACCGGGAGAAGAAUAUGCGGGACCUGGACUACCUACUGUUUCGGAACCAUCCCGAAAACCUGGGGAAGCAAUUUCACCGAGUUUUCCAGGAAGUUGGACACCGGAAAGACCAGGUGAAGUAAUAGGCCCAGGUGGAGGAAGAUCAGAUGCUGGUUAUCCCGGAGUAAAUUAUCCAGGUAGCGCAAAACCUGGGGGAGAGUAUCAAAGACCUGGUGCCGUUGGUCCUCAAGGCAAAGGUUAUCCGGGAGCAGAAUCUCCCGGAGUGGGUAUUACAUAUCCUGGAGCGCCUAGCGGAACGAUAGGAAGACCGGGAGAAAGUUACCCAGGAGCUGGAGUCCCGGGUGAUAGAAUUGGAUACCCAGGCGAGGUUUUUGGACAAUACCCGGGAGGAAGACCCGGAGUAAUUUUAGGUCCCGGAGAAGGUAGAGGAUAUCCCGAAAGACCCGGCGGACCAUUACUAAGGCCUGGGGACAGUUACCCCGGGGGAUCAGCACCUGGAGAGGGAAUCGGAUAUCCGGGAGGGUCUGCAGGCACCAUCGGGAAACCAGGAGGAGUUUAUCCUGGACCGAGUGCAGUUGGUGGAGUAGAUUAUCCUGGUAAACCUGGAACACGGUGGCCUAGCCAGACAUAUCCAGGUGCCCCGGUUCUUGGAAUAAAUUAUUCUGGAAAACCUAGCGAGGGUGCAUAUCCACGUGUGGGACAACCUGGUGAAGGCUACCCUGGCGCUGUAAGACCCGGUGAAAGUGUGCAGAUUCCCGGUUUGAUUCCUGGAACUGCCGUGCCAGGUGAAGUCAGGCCGGGCGAAGUUGGUUAUCCUGGUGUGGGACGGCAAAUUACAGCCGUAGGCAAAGAACAAGGAACGUUUGGUGGACACGUGUCUGGUGAAUACCAAAGUCACCUGGGACACUCGGGCAGAUUUUCUGGAACCUUCUCCGGACAGUAUGAAGCAACGCGUCCGCAAGGUCCACCGGGCCCUGCCACCGGACGACCGGAUCUUGAAAUAUCGGCGAAACCAGGAUAUGGUUCGCGACCAGGUCAGCCAAGCUAUGGCAUUCAACCCGGACAAAUAGUGCAACCAGGUUAUCAAAUCCCAAGUUUACAACCAGGUUACGGAGUGCAACCGGGACUAUCAGGAGUGCCGGGUUACGGAGUCCAGCCGAGUCAACCAGGAUACGGAGUGCAACCAGGACAACCAGGAUACGGAGGGCAACCGGGACAGCCGGGUUACGGAGGUCAGUCUGGACAACCGGGUUACGGAGUGCAUACAGGACAACCGGGACCACCAGGACACGGAGUACAACCGGGACAACCAGGUUAUGGAGUUCAACCGGGAGGACCAAGUUACGGAGUGCAACCGGGACAACCAGGUUACGGAGUUCAACCGGGACAACCGGGUUACGGAGUGCAACAACUAGGACCGGAUUACGGAAUUCAACCGGGACAACCGGGAUAUGGAGUAAAACCGGGACAACCGGGUUAUAUAGACCAACCAAAACAACCAGGAUAUGAAGGGCCACCAGGAGGACCGGUUUACGGAAUCCAGCCGGGGCAACCAGGAUACGGAAUUCAGCCGGGGCAACGAGGAUCCGAUGUUCCGCCUGGAUACGGAGAGAAACCAGGGCAACCAGGAUAUGGAGGACAACCAGGCGGACCAGGUUACGGAGUUCAGCCGGGGCAACCAGGAUACGGAAUUCAGCCGGGACAACCAGGUUACGGAGUGCAACUGGGACAACCGGGUUACGGAGUACAACCCGGACAACCAGGUUAUGGAGUGCAACCGGGACAACCAGGUUACGGAGUUCAACCGGGAUAUGGAGAGAAACCAGGACAAACAGGAUAUGGAGGACAACCAGGAGGACCGGGUUACGGAGUCCGGCUAGGACAACCAGGUUACGAAGUGCAACCGGGUCAACCAGGUUACGGAGUACAACCGGGUCAACCAGGUUACGGAGUGCAACCGGGUCAACCAGGUUACGGAGUGCAACCGGGUCAACCAGGUUACGGAGUGCAACCGGGUCAACCAGGUUACGCAGUGCAACCGGGACAACCAGGGUACGGAGUUCCGCCCGGAAAUGGGGAGAGACCAGGACAAACAGGAUAUGGAGGGCAACAAGGACAACCAGGUUAUGGAGUGCAACCGGGACAACCAGGUUACGGAGUUCCGCCAAGAUAUGAAGAGAAACCAAGACAAACAGGACAUGAAGCGCAACCAGGAGGACCGGGCUACGGAAUUCAGCCGGGACAACCAGGUUACGGACUUCCGCCAGGAUACGGAGAGAAACCAGGACAACCAGGAUAUGGAGGUCAACCGGGAGGACCGGGUUACGGAGUCCAGCCGGGGCAACCAGGAUACGGAAUUCAGCCGGGAGAACCAGGUUACGGCAUACAACCGGGUUACGGAAGUCGAAUCGGUGGACCGCAACCAGGAACACCAGGUUACGGUGUUCCAGGAUACGAGGGAUUACCAGGAGGUGCGGUACCGCCCGGACAAUAUGUAGUAGGAGGGCAGGGAAUCCGUGUGCAAGGAGAGGAUGAUUCAGACUCGCAAGUGCAAACGUCCGUGUUGCAGAGCAACAACGAAACGACCGCCAAUGCGCAAGCGCAAGGGAAGUUCGCCGGAGGCACGGCGCAAUCUCAAGUAUCCGGGACCUACUCCGGUUCGGGUUCCUUCAGCGCAUCAGCUGGCUCGGACGACGGAAAACGAGGCGCGCUGACUCAGGUCUCCGGCGGCAAAGAAGGGGCUCAGAGCAGCGCCCAAGGACGCGGAGGUUUGGGACAAUCUCAAGCGCAAGUGACGCUCUCUUCGGAAACCGGUGACGCGCUCUCCUCCGCGCAGACUUCGGGCGUGAGUCACGGCACUCAGACUCAAGUGCGCGCGAGCGAGAAAGGGGGCGUGGCGGACGCCCAAGCCAACGGCCCGGGUAGUACUUCGUCCCAAGCACAGAUCGGGUUUACACCGUACGACGAACACGAAAAAGAUGACCAAACGGUACCGUAUAGGGGAGGAGGCACCGCGGGUGCUCAAAGCGGCACCUACUCGGGUAUGACCCAGACGCAAAUCCAAGGAAGGUUCCGGUACGGAAUCAAGUACAGCGGGGCCGCGCAAGCGGGGUCGGGACGGGUCGAUCUGCGAAACAUUACUCAACCCACGGGACCAUUCAAACCCAUCAACUUUACGUUCACUCCAGGGAGCAUCAAUACGCAGUCGCAGAGUCAGAAGACGGCGAUCGCAGCGGCUCCGGCGCCUGCAGAACCGGAUUUGACUCUGGCGGAAACCAGCAAAGAGGUUACAAAUUUGGACCAGCUACCGACUCUACCUCCCGAGCCCCAAACGAAGUCAGUCGAAGAGAAAGCGACCUCUACGUCUCCGCCGGCGGAUUACGAAGAGGACGAAUACGCAGACUACAACGACGAAGACGAGGAGGAGGAAGAUGCUGGGGUGGCGGGACCGUCGAAACGCAACCUGGUAUCGCCCAAGGUGGUGUCGCAGACGUCGCCCGGCCAGAAGCAACACAUCGUUCUCGAUCCGUUGGAAAACUUGGACGCGACGGUACACCAAAGCGCAGGGGUCUAUCCGGAGGACGGAGCGGUCUUGCAGCCGGGUCAAACGAUACCGGGUUCGCCGGGAUACCAAAUUCCCGCCGGAUUCCGGGGCAAAGUGAAAUCGAUUGCGAACGGCGCCAAUACCUACGCUGUCGGCACUAACUCGCAGGCGCAGAGCGUCACUCUUUCACCGGGAAGCGGUCGGAUAAUCUACAGGAAACCGGUCUACGCGGUAGCGUCCAAGACGUUGUACAGAAACGGACACUACGGGGCUGGUUACACGUAUCAACCGGUUUACCGACCGGUGCAGUACCGGCUCAAGAGCGGAAACGCGUUGCCGAAUUUCGUAUCGGUUUCGAAAUCGGAAGCGGGCUCAAAGAAUUUGAACACUGGCAAGAAAACGCCGAACGUAUACUACAGCCAGUCGUCGUCUUGCGGAAUGUUCACCAACACAUGCGUGUUCGCAGAUGGCAAGAAGACCUGCUUCCCGGUGAGGAAAACGAACCCGGACGGGAGCUUCGUCAGCUGCUGAUACC